AGAGAGAGAGCGCGAGAGCGAGGCGAUUUGCAUUGCGAGGGGAUAGCGUCAUCUUCGGCGGGUUUUGGCGUCGUGCGGUGAGACGAUUGGGGUUGGAUGUUGUGCAGGUGCCUGCCACCACACUUUCUCUACCUUCAACAUGGCCGCUAAAGGCAAUGUCAAGGUUGAAGCCACGGAGAACUCGGCGACUUCUCUUCCGACCGCCACGGAUGUACGGCCCGCGGAUGGCAUCACCCCGACCGUCGAAAAUGUGGUCGCCACCGGCUACUUUUCGGGCAAGGUCAAUCUCGCUGAAGUGCAGAAGAAGACCCGCAACAUCGAGUAUAAUCCUCGCCGCUUUGCUGCGUGUGUUAUUCGUAACAAGCUGCCUCACAGUACAGGCCUUCUCUUCUCCUCUGGCAAGCUCGUCAUCAUGGGCUGCAAAAGUGAGGAGCAGGCUGAGCAAGCCUGGAGCAAGUUCCAGGAUAUCGUGAUUAAGCGUUGUAACAUUGCCGUCACGCCCACCGGCUUUAAAAUUCACAACGUCGUGGGCAAGGUGGACGUGGGCUUUAAGAUUGACUUGCACAAGCUACAUAUGGAGCACUCCAAAUUUGUGACAUACGAUCCCGAGACGUUUCCAGGCCUGACCUACCGAAUGCAGGACCCCUCGGUUGUUUUGUUGGUCUUUCACAGCGGGAAAGUUGUCUUGACCAAGGCCAAGACUCGCCUUGAGAUGAUUGAGGGUCUUCGCCGCAUCCUGCCUACCCUGAAGGAGAACCGUAGUUCAGUGGCUUGAGCGUCGAUCGUCGAUCGUCGCUCUUUUGUGUCUUGUGUCCCGACACUGGCCUCAGGCUUUUUCAUAGCACCUCUGCCUACAUUGCGCUGGGCUUCCCAGAUAUCGAGUAUUGACGGCAGUGGCAGCCCUUAAGGUCAUUCCAAAUUGUUUGUCGUUGUUGAGAAGACGUGCUCUUAUUCCUUUCAUUCUUGUUGUUCCAUGUUGACCAUCCUUUGGAUACGAGCCAGUGCCAUGUCUUCCCGCACCCUCAUUGGCUCUGUGCCGAUCCGCGCCAAGCGCAAAUAUCUGUUAUUCUCUUCUGAGUUUGUGUCUUCCAAGCAGAUUAUGGUUGUUUGUUUCCUCUGCUUGCCUUGAGAAUUCUCCCUCCCACAUCCCAAAAAGAAUCGAUGAGAAAGAAUU